GCGACUGCGAGUGCGGGGACGAGGGCGUGUCCCCCACGCGGCGCGAGAGCGCGUACGACAUGCUGCGCGUGGAGGCGGCCGUGGAGCUGGUGCUGCAGCAGGCGCAGCCGCUGGAGGCCGCGCGCGUGGCGGCGCACGAGGCCGACGGCUUCGUGCUGGUCGAGCCCGUGCACAGCGUCGAGCCACUGCCGCCGUUCCGCGCGAGUAUCAUGGACGGGUACGCGGUCGUCGCAGCGGACGGAGUGGGGACGUUUCCGGUGGUAGAGCGCAUCGCGGCGGGGGACAUGCCCGUGACUGCGUUGAAGCCUGGCCAAGUGUCGUACAUCACGACGGGGUCCCCCGUUCCGGACGGAGCCGACGCAGUGGUGAAGAUCGAGGACACGAGCAGCGUUGAAGGCAGUGAGACGGUGGCGCGGGAGGUGGAAGUGAAGAUCCUCAAGGCUGUGAAGGAAGGCCAGAACAUCCGAGCUAUUGGAUCGGACAUCAGCCCCGGAGAAGUGCUCGUAAACGCCCAUGAACUGGUGUCGGCGGCGGAGAUCGGCCUGCUGGCGACGGCGGGGAUCACGGAGGUGGUCGCCCACCGGAAGCCUGUAAUAGGUGUUCUGUCGACGGGCAGCGAGCUGGUGGAGGCGUUCCAGGGGACGACGACACCCGGCAAGAUCCGCGAUAGCAACCGCCCUAUGCUUCUGGCGCUGCUUAGCGGGUGGGGUGCCAAGAUGCUCGACUUGGGCGUCUGCGGCGACAGCAAAGAGGCGCUGAAGGAGACAAUCAUGGAAGCUCUUAAACAGGUGGAUGUGCUGAUCACAAGCGGGGGCGUGAGCAUGGGCGACCACGACCUUAUCAAGCCCCUGCUGGAGGAAAUGGGCACUGUGCACUUCGGGAGACUACUGAUGAAGCCUGGGAAGCCAACAACGUUUGCUACGCUCGACGUUCAAGGCGCUAAAAAGCUGGUGUUUGCGCUGCCGGGCAACCCUGUGAGCUCCUUCACGACGUGCCAUUUGCUGGUUCUGCCGGCCUUGCGCCGCCUUCGCGGGCUUCCGAUCUCAAAGUGCCGUCAUGCCAAGGUGUAUGCGACGCUGACCCAUCCGAUUAAGUUGGAUUCCGAGCGCCCAGAAUUUCAUCGCGCCAACCUCGAGUGGGAUGCCAAGCAGCACAAGUUUCUGGCGACAAGCACUGGUCGGCAAAUCAGUUCGCGUCUGUUGAGCUGUCGGAACGCUAAUGCUCUGCUUUGCUUGCCGACGGGGACUGAGAUUCGCAAUGGGGAUGCUAUCUUUCGUGCGGGACUUUUAACGAUUAGCGAUCGGGUGUCUGCUGGCACGUCAACGGAUAUGAGUGGGCCGGCCAUGGCUGACGUUCUGCACCAAGUUGACAAGGUCCAGGUGGACGUCGUGGCCACCAAAGUUGUGCCGGAUGACGUGAGUGAAAUUCAGGCAGUGGUGAAGGGCUGGGCUGACUCAGACGCUGUGGACCUGAUCCUGACGUCUGGCGGCACGGGCUUCAGCCCUCGCGAUGUGACUCCAGAGGCUAUCAAGGCCGUGCUGGAUAAGGAGAUCCCGGGGUUUCCGAUUGCGAUGCUCGAGAGCUCGCUCAAGAUUACGGCCAAGGCGGUGCUGUCCCGCCCUGUGGCCGGCAUUCGCAAGAAGACCCUGAUUGUGACGCUGCCAGGCAAGCCCAAGGCAGUCGUGGAAAACUUCUCAGCAAUUGCGGAGGUUCUGCCGCAUGCUCUGCACCUUGUGCGAGACGUGCCCCAUGAGCACCAUCGCGCCAACCCGAGCUCACAAUACACUUGA